UAAAACCGAGAAGCGGAGCUGCUGUUAUCUUCUUUUAUUUUUCUGCUUUCCUCAUUUUGCAUUAGGGUUUUCGGAGGGCACAACAAAAUUUCAAUCACAGGGUCAUCGAUUUUCCCGCCACAAGGUUCAUGCAAUGGAUAUGUCAGAUGCUGUCAUUGUCAAAUCUAGUAGGCUGAAAUCUGUUGUAUGGAAUGAUUUUGAUAGGAUAAAAAAAGGAGAUACCUGUGUGGCUAUCUGUAGGCAUUGUAAAAAGAAAUUGAGCGGGUCAAGUUCCAGUGGGACAUCACAUCUAAGGAACCAUUUGAUCAGGUGUCAGAGAAGAUCUAAUCAUGGCGUAGCACAAUUCAUUACUUCAAGAGAGAAGAGAAAGGAAGGGACUCUUGCAAUUGCAAAUUUCAAUUUGGGUCAAGAUCAGAACAGAGAUGAAACCCUUAGCCUUGUGAAUAUUAAAUUUGAGCAGACACAGUUGAAAGAUGAAUCUGUCAAUGCUGGAACUAGUACCUUCGAUCAAAGACGGAGUAGAUUUGAUCUUGCUCGCAUGAUCAUCUUACAUGGGUAUCCAUUGGAUAUGGUGGAGCAUGUUGGUUUCAGAGUUUUUGUAAAGAAUCUACAGCCGUUGUUUGAGCUUGUGACAUUGAAUAGGGUUGAGGCUGAUUGUAUUGAGAUAUAUGAGAAAGAGAGAAAAAAGAUGAAUGAGAUGUUAGACAAACUACCUGGGAAAAUCAGCCUUAGCGUCGAUGAGUGGACUGCUGGCGGGAAUGCUGAGUAUUUGUGUUUGACAGCGAAUUACAUUGAUGAAUCAUGGCAGUUAAGAAAGAAGAUAUUAAAUUUUAUAAGGGUUGAUCGUUUUCACACUGAAGACAUGCUUUCAGAAGCGGUCAUGACUUGUCUGAUGGAUUGGGAUAUUGACCGCAAGUUGUUCUCCUUGAUACUGGAUAGUUGUUCUACCUCUGAUAACAUUGCGAUUAGAAUCAGUGAGAGGCUUUCACAAAACAGGUUUCUUUACUGUAAUGGGCAACUAUUUGAUAUACGCUGUGUUAUAAAUGUUCUUAAUAUCAUGGCUCAACAUGCUUUGGGAGCUGUGAGUGAAAUAGCGGAAAAGAUUCGAGAAAUUGUUCGCUAUACUAAAAGUUCACAAACUGUGCAGGCAAAGUUUAACGACAUGGCUAAAGAAGUUGGGAUCCUGAGUCAAAAGUGCUUGUUUCUAGAUAAUCCCUUGCAAUGGAAUACGACUUAUUCAAUGCUUGAAGCUGCCUUAGAAUUCAAGGAUGUUUUCAUUCUUCUGCAAGAAAAUGACACAUCCUACAGAAUCUGUUUAUCUGAUGUAGAGUGGGAGAGGAUCAGCACAGUUAAUAGCUACUUGAAGCUUUUUGUUGAUGUCAUUGAAAUUUUCACUAGGAGCAAGUUUCCAACAGCGAAUAUAUAUUUUCCUGAACUCUGUGAUGUUAAGUUGAAUUUGAAUGAAUGGUGCAAGAACUCGGAUGAAUAUAUCAGUUCUUUGGCAUUGAGACUGAGAAGCAAGUUUGAUGAAUAUUGGGAGAAAUGUAGCUUAGGGUUGGCAGUAGCAGCCAUGUUAGACCCUAGAUUUAAGAUGAAGUUGUUAGAUUAUUACUACCCACAAAUCUAUGGUAGCAUGUCUCCCGGUCGCAUCGAAGAGGUCUUUGAGGGUGUGAAGGCUCUAUACGAUGAACAUUCAAUAGGCUCCCCAUUAGCUUCUCAUGAUCAAGGUUUGGCCUGGCAGGUUGGCAGUGGGACACUUUGCUUACCAAGUUCCACUAAGGACUCCCGGGAUAGACUGAUGGGGUUCGACAAAUUUCUCCAUGAAACUUCUCAGGGCGAAGGUGUAAAAUCGGAUCUAGAGAAGUACUUAGAAGAGCCACUCUUUCCGCGUAAUGUUGAAUUCAACAUAUUAAAUUGGUGGAAAGUUCACACUCCCCGGUAUCCAGUCUUAUCCAUGUUGGCGCGAAACAUACUGGGAAUUCCAAUGUCGAAGGUUGUGCCAGAAUUGGCAUAUAACAACAGCGGAAGAGUCCUUGAUCGUGAUUGGAGCUCGCUUAAUCCUGCUACAGUCCAGGCUUUGGUUUGUUCACAAGAUUGGAUACAAAGUGAACUGGAAAAUUAGAAUUGCUUUUCCCUGCAUUCAAAAAUGUACAUGCCAAAUCCCCUCUUUAAGUAUCCCAAUUGUAAGUUAGAUCUUCUAACUCCCCAUUUUGAUUCUCUUCAUCCUAUAUCAGGUUUUUGUUUAGUCCGCAGCCGUAUUCAACUUAAGCAAGUUGAUUUUUAUGAUUUAGCUUA